AUGAUUACUGUUGGGCACCCGGUGGUCUUUGCUGUGGGGAUCCUAGGCAACAUCCUAUCAUUCCUGGUCACCCUUGCACCAGUGCCGACGUUCUACCGUGUUUACAAGAAGAAAUCGACGGAGUCGUUCCAGUCGGUGCCGUACGUGGUGGCGCUGCUGAGCGCAAUGCUGUGGCUCUACUACGCGCUGCUCAGCAUCGACGUCCUCCUCCUCUCCAUCAACACCAUCGCCUGCGUCGUCGAGUCCGUCUACCUCGCCAUCUACCUCACCUACGCGCCCAAGCCUGCCAUGGCUUUCACCCUCAAACUGCUCUUCACCAUGAACAUGGGGCUCUUCGGCGCCAUGGUCGCCUUCCUGCAGUUCUACGUCGAUGGGCAGCGCCGCGUCUCCAUCGCCGGCGGCGUCGGCGCCGCCUUCGCCCUCGCCGUCUUCGUCGCUCCUCUCACCAUCAUCCGGCAAGUGAUCAGGACCAAGAGCGUGGAGUACAUGCCCUUCUGGCUCUCCUUCUUCCUCACCAUCAGCGCCGUUGUCUGGUUCUUCUACGGCCUCCUCAUGAAAGAUUUCUUCGUCGCGAUGCCGAACGUGCUGGGCCUGCUGUUCGGCCUGGCCCAGAUGGCCCUCUACUUCGUGUACCGGAACCGGAACCCCAAGCAGAACGGCGCCGUGUCGGAGAUGCAGCAGCAGGCGGCGGUGGUGCAGGCCGACGCCGACGCCAAGAAGGAGCAGCAGCUGCGUCAGGCCCACGCCGACGCCGGCGCCGACGGGGAGGCCGUGGCCGUGAGAAUCGACGACGAGGAGGAGCCCAAGAACGUCGUCGUGGACAUCAUGCCGCCGCCGCCGCCACUGCUGCCAGCGGAGAGGGCGUCGCCGCCGCUGCCGCUGCCGCCGCCUCCGGCGAUGGUGAUGAUGACCGCGCAUCAGACGGCCGUGGAGGUUGUCUGAUCCAUGGGCAAUUAAUAUCAUGUUCCGGAGCUAGCUACAUGCAUGCACGACUGACCUGAUGACUAUUGCUGCUCUCGCCUUCGAUUAUUCAUUUUACUUUUGUACUACACUACUAGUAUAUGCAUGCGUGUACACGACGACCUAUAUAUAUGUAUCGCGCGCGGCACCACGGUACAAGUAGACGCCUAGCUAUACAUACAAGUACACUGUAGGUACGAAUGAAUGAAUAUGUCUCCUG